AUGGCGCCAUCAGCCACGACUGUUGUGAACGGAGAUUUCCAUGAGACGUCACUCACAUACAUCGAACAAGUAGGCAAUGGCCGUAGGACCAUCCCGACCGAUGAUCAGACCAAUGAUUCUCCAACGAUAACUGAGGUAUCAAAGGACUCAGGCAUGCCCAUCGCCAUUGUUGGCAUGGGUUGUCGCCUUCCCGGCAACGUCUCGACCCCAGAUGACUUCUGGGAGCUGUGCUCUCGUGCUCGCAGUGGAUGGUCACCUGUGCCGAAGUCCAGAUUCAACCAUUCCACAUUCCAUCACCCAAAUCCAGAAAAAAUUGGCUGCUACAACCCUGAGGGUGGUCAUUUUCUCGACGAAGAUGUGGCUCUAUUCGACGCCCCCUUCUUUAACGUGACGGAGCAAGAAGCUAUCUCCAUGGAUCCACAACAGAGGCUACUUCUCGAAUGUACAUAUGAGGCGUUGGAGAACGCCGGAAUACCAAAACGGACCUUGGUCGGCCAAAACGUUGGCGUCUUCGUCGGAGGCUCCUUUGCGGAUUACGAGCUGCGAAAUUGUAGGGAUAUAGACACAGUCCCCAACUUCCAGGCUACAGGAUGUGCGCAGUCGCUCUUGUCCAACAGACUUUCCUAUUACUUCGACCUUUGUGGCCCCAGCUUUACCGUUGAUACUGCGUGCUCGUCGAGCUUGAGUGCAUUACAUUUGGCAUGUCAGAGCUUACGGAGUGGCGAGUCGAGUCAAGCGAUCGUGGCGUCUUGCCAUCUGAACAUCUUACCGGACUACUUUAUCAUCAUGUCUAUGUCGAGUCUGUUCUCGAACGAAGGCAAGUCAUUUGCAUUUGACCACCGCGGGAGCGGAUUUGGGCGUGGAGAGGGUGCUGGCUGCGUGAUCUUGAAACCACUAGAUCAGGCCCUGAGGGAUAACGAUUCGAUCCGGGCAAUUGUUGCUGGAUCUGGCAUGAAUCAGGAUGGUAGAACGAAAGGGAUCACGAUGCCUAAUAGCGAUGCUCAAGUGACGCUGAUGAAGUCGAUUUACAAGAAUUUCGGCCUCAACCCUAACGAGACGGGAUACGUCGAGGCUCACGGCACUGGCACAAAAGUUGGAGAUCCGAUUGAAGCUAAGGCUCUCCACGAGGUCUUUGACGAAGGGCGUACAAAGAAGCAGCCUCUAUUCGUCGGCUCUGUAAAGUCGAAUAUUGGACACUUGGAAGGCGCUAGUGGUGUAGUUUCCGUCAUCAAGACUGCGAUGAUGCUUGACAAGGGAUUCGUCCUCCCGAAUUGCAAUUUUGAGGCAGGCAAUCCAAAGAUCCCAUUUGACGAAUGGGGAAUAAAGGUCCCGACAAAUCAGCGCCCAUGGCCACGAGGGAAGAAAUACGCGAGUGUCAACAAUUUCGGGUUCGGUGGUACGAACGCCCAUGUAGUACUUGAACGCUCCCCUGUCGCACCUAGAACUCUUCUACCCGGAACAAAUGAUACGCUGGCCACUGGAACUAAAGCUCUGGCGAAGAGACUUUAUGUUCUGUCUGCAAAUGACAAGUCUUCUCUAGCAGCUCGUAUGAACGACUUGACCGUGUAUUUAGAGCAGCGCCCAGAAGUCUUUCAGAAUUCUCUCUUGCCGAACUUAGCCUACACUCUUGGGCAGAGACGAUCCCAUCUUGCGUACAAGGUCGCUAUUCCGGCUCGGGGAUCUGCCGAGCUGAUCCCCGCCCUUGCGAGCAACUACACUGCUUCGUCUCGUUCCACUGGGGAGCCGAGAAUCGGGUUUGUAUUCACUGGACAGGGAGCUCAGUGGCAUGCAAUGGGCCGCGAACUCCUUGAUGCUUACCCUGUUUUCGCGGCUACCAUGGGGAGGAUGGAUCGUUAUUUGCUUGAUCUGGGCGCGGAUUUCUCGCUGCUUGAUGAGUUAUCCCAAGACGCCGAAUCUUCUCGAGUAUCAGCUGCUCAUAUCAGUCAACCUGCUUGCACUGCGGUACAGCUCGCUUUGACGGAUUUGCUGAAGUCCUGGGGUAUCAAGCCAUCUGCGGUGGCGGGUCAUUCCAGUGGAGAAAUCGGAGCAGCUUAUGCUGCCGGUGCUUUAUCCCUGGAGUCCUGUGCUGCGAUCGCCUACUUCCGUGGGCAAGCGAUCGUACUACUGAAGAACAAGUACCCCGACCUCAAGGGUGCCAUGAUGGCAGUUGGCGGAAGUCCUGACAGCAUACGGCCUUUGAUUAAGAUGCUGAAGAGAGGCCGGGUCACUGUAGCCUGUAUGAAUAGUCCAUCAAGCAUCACUGCUUCUGGAGAUGAGGAGGCUAUCAACGAGCUGGCAGCGGCUGUCGAAGCGAAGCGAUUGUUCAAUCGAAAGCUCCGUGUUGACACUGCCUACCACUCACACCACAUGGAGCUUGUAGCUGAAGAGUAUCGCGACUCGAUCCAAAAUAUCAAGCCGCAAGACGCUUCCUCGGUUGCCUUUCACUCGUCACUGAAGGGGUGCCAGAUUGGAACAGCGGAUUUGGGCGAAGCGUACUGGGUCGAGAACUUGACUUAUCCGGUUCUCUUUUGCGAGGCUUUACAGAGUAUGUGCACGUCAACAGACGAUAUCAAUGCUCUGGGCGUCGACGUUUUACUCGAAAUCGGUCCUCACGCAGCGCUCGAGGGUCCAGUAAAACAGAUCUUGAAGUCAAUUGGCGGGAACGCUAUCAGAAUUCCAUAUGCAUCGGCCCUCAUACGAAAUAAAGAUGCCGUGGACACCGCAUUGCAACUCGCUGCGACUAUGUUCACGAAGGGUGUUGACAUCGACUUCGGAGCAAUAAACUUCCCAUUUCCUGGUGUCAGAGUACCGACCCUGCUCACCAACCUUCCGAGAUACUCCUGGAAUCACUCCACCAAAUACUGGCACCAGUCACGCAUAGCUGAGAAGCAUACAAACAGACCUUUCGCGAGAAACGAUCUCAUCGGCACACUUGCCAGCUAUUCCAAUGAUCUUGAGCCAACAUGGCGCAACAUCAUCCGAGCAGAUGAUAUGCCGUGGGUGCGACACCACAGGAUGCAAAACAUGUCUGUAUACCCCAUGGCGGGCUACAUUGCCAUGGCCCUAGAAGCAGCAUCUCAGCGAGCUACGCUGCGGAACGUGGCAUUUGAUAAAUUCGAGCUUCGUGAAGUGACGGUGAGCAGACCUUUCGUCAUCCACGAAGGCUCAGACGUUGAAGCCAACAUCACCCUCCGCCCUUUCACAGAAGGUACCAGGAGUUCUUCUGAUGCAUGGGACGAAUUUCGCAUUUUUUCAUGGGCCAAAGACAGGAGUUGGAUUGAACACUGCCGUGGACUCAUCUCUGUGAUGAAGUCUGCUGAUAGCAAUCUUGUUGACGGAGCCCAGCAGAUCUUGAAUGCUAAGAGCGCUCUGGUGUCUAAGAUACACUGCUUCACCGAGGCGUGCAAAGCAGACGUCGAUACGCCAGCGAUGUACGAGGAUCUUACAGCGGCUGGAGCUGGAUAUGGCCCAACUUUUCAAGGCCUCGAGAACUGUCGUGCAAGUGGUAAUUAUGCUGUCGCCGAUCUAAUUGUGCCAGACACAGCGGCGAUCAUGCCCAAGAGUUACGAGCCAGAUCUCAUCAUCCACCCAGCUUUUCUCGAUCAGUUCAUCCAGAUAGUGUGGCCGAUUUUUGGCGCCGGCUGGAAGGGACUGGAUGUUCUCUACAUGCCGUCCUUCCUCCAGAGUAUGUCGUUGUCAACUGGCAUUACUCGCAAGAGUGGUGAUCGGUUGAGAGUUUUCGGUACGGGCAACCCAACACCGGCGCACCCUACAGCAACCAAGCUGUCGUUAUUUGCUACUUCCUCUGAUAGUGGAGACGAGGCUCUCAUCAGCAUGGAGUCCUUGGUCAUGACUCCUGUCUUUGAUAGAUCCGAGACCACUGGCUCGACUGCGAACCGCGAGCUCUGCUACAAGCUUCAAUGGGAGCCACUGCAUGCUAAGCACGAACAUGCUGGUGGCGCUGACACCCCCGUUUCUGCGACGAGCGAGACAUUUAUGCACGAGAUGAGUAGAUUCUACGGAAAUGGUGUCCAUGGCUUCAGCGGCACCAGCGGUAUGCUCACGCCUCCGGCUUUCGAACGCGAGGUUGUGAUCAUCUGCGACGAGAGCACUCAGCAAGACCUGGUAUCCAGCCUGAAGGAAAUUAUCGUCGACCUCACGCAGCAGUCUCCCGCCGUAGGGUCUCUGGGAAACGUUGACACCGAAGGCAAGGUAUGCAUCGUUAUCUCAGAGCUCUCCAAAGCUAUCGUGUCAACACUCAGUCCCGCCGAUUUCCACGCUAUCCAGAGUAUGGUUUCCAGCGCUGCCGGUAUCUUAUGGACGGUCCGAGGAGCCUAUACCGACUCCUCGAACCCAGACGCUCAAAUGGUUGUUGGCAUGGCGCGCAGUGUUCGCUCGGAGACACUGCUGAAGUUCGCGACGCUAGACCUUGGGACUUCGCCCGGGUUUUCAAGUACCGAUACUGCCGAGAUUAUCUUUGAGGUCUUGGAGAGAACCUUUUCUUCAGAUUCGCCUGCUGUGGGUGCAAACAUGGAGUUCCAAGAGCGGAAUGGAGCUCUGUUCGUUCCCCGUGUUGUCGAAGAUGCGGCGAUGAACAAAUUUGUGCACCAAGAGACGCAGCCUUCUGCUGAACCCGAUUUGCAACCUUUCCACCAGCCCGGCAGACCUUUGAAGAUCGCCAUCAAAUGCCCCGGCGCGCUCGACACCAUAUACUUCACCGACGACCUUGCGGUCGGCACGCCAUUACCUGACUACGAGGUUGAGAUCGAAGUCAAAGCCACCAGCAUGAACUUUAAGGAUAUCAUGAUCUCAAUGGGUCAGCUCUCCAGUAAGUCACUGGGAGUGGAAUGUGCAGGUAUUAUCAGUGGAGUCGGCUGCAAAGUCACUGACUUGAAGGUCGGGGAUCGUGUAUCUGCCAUGUCGGAAGGUGCAUACGCAACAUAUACUCGCUGUCGCGGCACAUCCGCGCAGAAGAUCCCCGACUCGAUGUCAUUUGAGGUUGCAUCAACAAUUCCAGUCGUUUACUGUACCGCUUACUACUCGCUCUUCGACCUCGGCCGCCUAGUAAAAGGCGAGAGUGUCUUAAUCCAUGCCGCUGCUGGUGGCGUUGGACAAGCGGCCAUCAUCCUGUGCCAAAUGAUCGGAGCCGAGAUUUUUGCCACAGUCGGUAGUGUGGCCAAGAAGGAGUUCUUGAUGAGCGAGUACCACAUCCCAGAGGACCACAUCUUCUACAGCCGCAGCACAUCCUUCGCAAAAGCCAUCCACCGCGCUACGGACGGACAAGGUAUCGAUGUCGUCCUCAAUUCCCUCGCUGGAGACGCACUCCGCGAGACCUGGGACUCUCUCGCCCACUUCGGACGCUUCAUCGAGAUUGGGAAGCGCGACAUCACAUCCAAUUCUCGUCUCGAGAUGGCUCGCUUCGAGCACAACGCCAUGUUCGCCUCCGUGGACUUGACGGUUGUCGCCGCCGAACGCCCGAAAACCAUGAAGAGACUCCUCGCCGACGUCUUUGACUUGAUGGGCAAGAGCCUCGUGAAACCCAUCUCGCCCAUCACCGUCUUCCCCAUGUCCACCGUUGAGUUGGCGUUCCGCGCUCUGCAAGGAGGCAAGGUCAUGGGCAAGAUUGUCAUCGUACCGAAUGCAGAUUGCCAAGUCAUGGCCGCGCCGCGCAAGACGCCUAGAAACUUGUUGCUAGCUGAUGCCAGCUAUGUAAUCAUCGGCGGCACAGGUGGUCUGGGUCGUAGCAUGAGUCGCUGGAUGAUUGAGAGGGGAGCUCGCCAUAUCAUCCUGCUGUCUCGCAGCGGAAAGACCGAUGGAAAAGUCGGCGAGCUGAUUACAGAAGCCGAGACCGUCGGCGCGAACAUCGUGGUUAAAUCAUGCGACGUAGCCAACCGAGAGCAAGUCGAGAAGCUCGUUUCCGAAGACCUGUCUUCCCUCCCACCCAUCAAAGGAGUCAUCCACGCCGCCAUGGUCCUCGAGGACGUCCUGUUUGAAAAGAUGACCCACAAGCAGUGGACAUCCGUCGUCUCGGCCAAGGUGGACGGUGCAUGGAACUUCCACCACGCUCUCGCCGCUCAACACCUCUCCUUCUUCAUCCUCCUCUCCUCCGCAUCCGGUGCCAUUGGAAACAGGGGCCAAGCAGCCUACGCCGCCGCGAACUGCUUCCAGAACGCCUUUGCCCAGCACCGCAUCUCGCUCGGUCUCCCCGCCUCAUCCAUCGACCUGACCGCCGUCAGCGAUGUCGGCCACCUCGCCGAAGGCUCCGCGAAGCGCGCCGCCCAAGUCGCCGAAAACCUCGGCUCCGAAGCGAUCUCCGAGAAUGAAGUGCUCGCGCUGAUCGCCGCCGCCAUCACGGGCAAGAUGAGGCAGGAGUGUGCCAGCCACUGUAUCACGGGACUCCGGAUCCCCCCCGAGGCGAAAGAUGCGCUCUUCUGGGUCAACGACGCGAAGUUCGCGCACCUCAGAUGUGCAGCCGAAGCCGAGGCCGAGGCCGCUGCCUCCGCCUCUGCCUCUGGACUCUCUUCCUCCUCGUCGUCGUCGCCCAUCACGUCGAUCUCUCUCGGCACGGCCUUGAGCGUGGCGCGAUCGCGAGAGGAAGCUGUCGAUCUGAUCUGCGAAGGGCUGAUGACGAAAGUCAGCGCCGUGCUGAUGGUACCGAGGGAGGAGAUGGACGCCAGCAAGGCGAUUGUGAUCUACGGACUCGACAGCCUCGUGGCGAUUGAGAUCCGGAAUUGGAUCACGCGGGAGCUCGAAGCGAGUUUGCAGGUCUUGGAGUUGUUGACUAGUGGGAGCUUCUGGGCGCUUGCUGAGACGGUCCUGGGAAAGAGUAAAUUGGCGGCGAGGUUUGUGGCGGUGUUGAAGGAGGGGAGGGAGGGAGGGGGUUGA